AUAGUGGCUUAUGUUCCACGUGCUCAUUUGAUGGAGCAAAUUGAUUUAAUGUUGUUUUUGUUUUAUAUAUAAAAUUUUAAUUCACGAAAUUCAAACAAUCAUGUCUGCAGCAAUGACAGAUGUUGAUAAAGAUGCUGAUGUGGAAAAGAAUGAAUACCAUUCAGAUGAAGAAAAGAACAUCGAUGACGGUGAUGCAACUCAAGAAUCAAAAAGCAGUAAUGCUAAAAAGAAAAAGAAUAAAAAAAAGAAAAAUAAACCAACUAUUACCGAAUCAAAUACAGUGGCUGAUGAAACACAAGAAAUUUCGGAUAAAUUGGAAUCCGAAUUACAAUUAGACGAUGUAGAAGGUGAUGCUGGUGAAGGUGCUACAGUCAAAUCCAAGAAGAAACGACAUCGUAAAAAGAAAACAACAACUACUGUUCCUCUUGUACAGACCGAUCCUCCAUCGAUUCCGAUCAAAGAUUUAUAUCCAGAUGGAAAUUUUCCACUUGGUGAAAUUUGUGAACAUCCGGUUUUGGAUGAGAAUACUGCCAAAUAUCGUAUCACAUCGGCCGAGAAAAAAGCCAUGGAUGAAGCAUCUGAAGAUCUAUAUCGUGAUCUUCGAUGUGCGGCUGAAGCUCAUAGACAAACUCGUCAAUACAUGUUGAACUACAUCAAACCCGGUAUGACGAUGAUUGAGAUUUGUGAACGUUUAGAAGAUACGGCUCGAAAAUUGAUUGUUGAAAAUGGACUUGAAUCUGGACUAGCUUUUCCUACUGGAUGUUCGUUGAAUCAUUGUGCCGCUCAUUACACUCCGAAUGCUGGUGAUAAAACUGUACUACAAUAUGAUGAUGUUUGUAAAAUCGAUUUCGGUACACAUGUCAAUGGUCAUAUUAUUGAUUGUGCAUUCACCCUGACUUUCGAUCCAAAGUAUGAUGAGCUUUUAAAAGCAGUGAAAGAUGCCACAAACACAGGAAUUCGUGAAGCGGGUAUUGAUGUACGACUUUGUGAUAUUGGAAAAGCUAUACAAGAGGUUAUGGAAUCGUAUGAGCUCGAAUUGAAUGGUAAAACCUAUCCAAUAAAAUCGAUUCGAAAUUUGAAUGGCCAUUCGAUUGGUCCGUAUCGUAUCCAUGCUGGUAAAACGGUUCCAAUCGUUAAAGGUGGAGAAGAAACCAAAAUGGAAGAAGGUGAAGUUUAUGCAAUCGAGACAUUUGGUUCUACUGGCCGUGGAUUGGUCAACGAUGAUAUGGAAACAUCACAUUAUAUGAAGAAUUUUCAUGUCCAACAUGUGCCCUUGAGAUUGGCCGGUUCAAAACAAUUGUUGAAUGUUAUCAAUCAAAAUUUCGGCACCUUGGCUUUCUGUCGUCGAUGGCUGGAUCGUUUAGGCCAAACUCGAUAUCUUAUGUCAUUGAAUGAUUUAUGUAAAAAAGGUAUCAUUGAUCCUUAUCCACCGCUUUGUGAUGUUAAAGGAUCAUAUACGGCCCAAUAUGAGCAUACGAUUGUUCUACGACCAACAUACAAAGAGGUCAUUUCUCGUGGUCAAGAUUAUUGAUUGAAAUUGAAAUAAUACCAAUUUUUCUUGCUAAUCAUAAUUAUGUUUUGUGAGUUGUUCUAUUUCUAUGAUUUUAUUCAUAUAUUUGAAGAAUAAAUUUUUUCUUUUUUGAGAAAUAA